ACAGCCUGACCCCUCCGAUCAUGCCACUGUUUUGUCGCAAACAGGCAACUUUUUUUUAAAACACAAGGCGUUGACUCGAAGUGACAAGCCUGCCAUGAAUGUUCCAAAUGAUCUUUCCAGGCAUCGUAGCGUACAUGAUAUCCCCAGACUCUUGCAGCCCAUUCUGGGGAAUUAGGUUCAAAGUUGACGUUAAUGUUCCGAACAAAUGUCACAAAGACUCAUCUCCCCAUUUUUGCAUUUUCCCGAACUUAUUUAUUCAUACGGAGUUCAUAUUUAGUAUCAGUCUGACUAACAGCAUUAUAGACACAGGGCUGCCUACAACAGGAGUUACCCACCCGGCUUCAGGCUGACUUUAAAGGUCCCAGCAGCCACUCAUUCAUGUAACCUCACAAAACAGAGUCCGAAGUUGGUUGGGAGCAGUGCUCUUCCUUAUGGUUGUCUGCUGAGGUUAAUAUCACUGAGGCUGCUGCAUCAUCUAAUCUUCUGCUUGUAAAUAUUCUCACUGAUCUCAUGACUGAGGUUCUGUCUGCAAGUGGAGCCUUGUGCACCCUGGCCACUGAAGAACAUCCAAUGGGAGCUGAUGGGAUGUACGAUAAGUUACGGAUGUUGAACGUCCAGACGGGGAGCUGGGGAGGGAGGCCAAGUUGGUACCAGGGAAGCUCAGUACCAGGGCAAGGGAGCACAGCAGAAGGCUGCCAGCAGCUGGAGGUCAGAGGUGAAAAUGGCAGCGGGGUUCAUGUGAACGGAGAUGAUUCCGAUGAAUCCCAGAUCCGCCUGCAACUUAAGAGGAAGCUCCAACGGAACCGCACGUCGUUCACACAGGAUCAGAUUGAGGCUUUGGAAAAAGAAUUUGAACGCACACACUAUCCAGAUGUCUUUGCCAGAGAAAGACUAGCAGCGAAAAUCGAUCUUCCUGAAGCCAGAAUACAGGUAUGGUUUUCCAAUCGACGUGCCAAGUGGAGGAGGGAAGAGAAACUCCGCAAUCAGAGGAGGCAGGCGUGCAGUGGUCCGAGUCACGUCCCCAUCAACAGCAGCUUCUCGCCUACUCUAUAUCAGUCAAUUCCACAGCCUGCUACCUCAGGACCAAUCCUGGGCAGAAACGAGACCUCUCUUGCAAACAGUUACAGUACGCUUCCACCCAUGCCAGCUUUUGCCAUGGCAAAUAACCUCCCUUUGCAGCAACCUGUCCAACCAGUUCCGGGUCAAACUUCCUCGUACUCUUGCAUGAUUCCAGCCAGCCCAGCUGUCAGCGUGCGGAGCUAUGACACAUACACUCCUCAACACAUGCAGCCUCACAUGAGUUCGCAGCCGCUGGCUUCAACAGGGGCUUCCUCUACAGGACUUAUUUCCCCUGGAGUGUCGGUUCCAGUUCAGGUUCCUGGAGGUGAUCAGGACAUGGCCCAGUACUGGCCUAGGCUGCAGUAAAGAGGGGAACAGGGACAAGGAACAGGAAAAAGAGUCCAUCACAUUUGACAUGAAGCCAGAUUCUGCUUAUGAUGUCUCAGAGGUGCCAGUGUAACAUAAAUCCACCCUGUUGAAUUAAGUAGGGCUCAGUGGGUAUAUAAGUGAUGACUGACAGCCUGUAAAAUUGUGCUAACAAUUCUGAUAUUUUUGCUUUUUUUUAAUAGAAGGGGUAUUUGAUUACAGCCUGUUGCUAUGCAUAUGGACAAUCUUGAAUCUUCAAUGUAAAGCUGUCAGAGUUGUAGUUAUGUAAAUAUAGAGGAUUCCCAUAUUAUGCCAAGCUGAAAAAUAUACUGGGAAAAAUAGAUAUCGUUGAAGGAAGGACUAUGGUUGAGUUUGUUGCUUUCAUUAGCAUUGGUGAAAAUUCAUUGAAGUCCUUAAUAACUAAUGCCCCCACAUCAUAAGACAGAGGGAAUUGAAGGGUUUGUAUGAUUAGGCCAAUGUCAUUAGUCAUUCAUAAACUUGAUGUUUCAGCACGGUAUUGCUAAUCAUAUUAAUUCAUCACAGAAUGGUAACAGCACAGAAAGAAGCCAUUCAGUCUAUCGUCUCUGUGUGCUGGCUCUCCAAAAGACCGAUGAACUGAGCGCCAGUCUCCCGCCUCCUCCCUGUAGGCCUGCACAUUCUUCUUUGUCAGAUAACAAUCCAAUUCCCUCUUGAAUAUCUCGAUUGAAUCUGUCUCCACCACACUAUCAGACAGCCCAUUCCAGAUCCUAACCACUUGCUAUGUGAAGCCCUCACAUCACCAUCACUUCUUCCACCAAUUAUCUUAAAUCUGCAUCACCAACUCCACCCCCCACCCCCCCCCACAUCCCAGCCUACCACCGCUGGGAACAGUUUCUCUCAACGUACUGUGUCCAGACAGGAUUUUGAAGAUCUCAAUCAAAUCUCUUCUCAAAUUCUCCAAGGAAAAUUGCUCUAAUCCUUCUACAUAAUGGGUGGUCCUCGUGCCUGGAUCCAUUCUCAUUAAUCUUUCCUGCACCCUCUCCAAUGCCUUCAUGUCUUUCUGAAAAUGUGGUGGCCAGAACUGGACUUGAGGCUGAAUCAGUCUCUCACACAGGUUUAACAUAGCCUCCAUGUGCUUGUAGUCCACAGCACACUGAAGAAAGCCCAGGAUAUUAUACAUUUUAUUAACUACUCUCUCAGCUGACCAUUUUCAAUGAUAUAAGCACACAUACGCCCAAAGUAAGUAACUGUAUCAAUAUUGAUGGGCAGGCUGAUAUUUUGGAAUAUUCCCCUCUGCAAACCUCAUUAAAUGUAGAAAUUUGUCGACGUUGAAUUCCAUAAACUUUACUAGAGCUUUGGUAAAACCAGAACCAAAGCAUUUUUCAAGAACAACUUGAUUUUAUAAGAAAGGUUUUACAAAUUUUGACUGGCUCACAAGUCAAAGAUAUCAGUCAGUAUUUGAACCUUUGAUCGAGGUACUUUCUCCUGAUGUAUACUGAAUUUAUGGUCUUCAUGUGGAAACUUUGUAAUGGAAUGGAAUCAUGCAGCCAUUAAGCCCAUGUACUGCACCAGGUCUUUAAAGGUCAUUGAGGUUGUGGAUGGAUAGACCAGUUCUUGAUCUGCAGAACUUUGGUCACAUGGGACAGGAUGCCCCAUGAAUCACUGAAACCUGAAGGGCAGGACUUGCUUCUAUUUCUGCCUCUUUUCUGGCACUGUUCUGCUGUAACUCAAAGCAUAGUGUCGCUCAAUGGACAAGAUGCUAGUUUGAAUGGUCGAUAGCAAAGUGAUGCAGAUCUUUGGAAGAGUUAUUCAGUCAGUUACACUCCCUCUGCUUUACGCCUGCAAUUCUUUUCCCCUUAUGCAGUUCCUUUUCGAAUGUUACAAUUGAUUCUGCUUUCAUCACCCUUUCAGGCAGUGCACUCAGAUCAGAGCAGCAUAUCAUGUCUGUAUCCCUCCCUCUGGUUCUUUUGUUAAUCACUUUCAAUGGGGAUCCUCUGCUUACCCACCAUCCUGCUCGAAGAAACAGCUUCUCCCUGUACAUUCUUACCAAAGCUAUUUAUAAUCUUCAAAGUUAAAAAUCACACAA